AUGCCAUCAAGUCGGUACCACCUGCUGCAGCUGCAGCUGCUGCUCAUCUCCCUGCUCCUUGCCGCUGGUCAGAGGAGCCCGGUGCGGGUUCCGCCCCAGGAUCUGCAGCUGCCCAACUUCGGGGGCGAGAGCUUCGAGAGAUUCGGCGGAGGAUCGGGAUCGGGAUCGGGAUCGGUAUCGAGUAGUGGGAGCAGCGAGAGCCAGGAAACCAGUGACGAGAUGCGGGAGCAGCUGAAGCAGCUCCUGGGCGACCAGCUCUCCAACGCCUUCGCCCCCUUGGCCACCACGCCCUUCACCAACCGACAUCCGGCCAUUACGUCACCCACCUCGGGCACAGCAGCUCGCUCCCAGUUCGCCUCCGAUGCGGAUCCGGACCAGGAACAGGAUCAGGAUCAGGACGCCAAUGAAGAGGAGUCCCCGGAGGAGGAGGGCAACGAGGAGCCGGAGGAGGGGGAGGCCACUCCCCAGCCCCAGCCCCUGCCACCCCCCCUUCCGCAGCCUGCAGGCGGCGAGGAGGAGCCAACUGGUGGUCAGGUGGAGCAGGUCGAGGACUAUAACGCCUGGCGCGAUAAUUUCUAUGACAUCAACGAAGACGGCAGCUACGUCUUUGGCUACUCUAUUCCUCAUGGCGUUCGUCGCUGGGAGAAGGGUUUCUAUUCAAAGGAGCAGCAUGGUCAGGUGGUCCAGGGCUUCUACGUCCAGCCUCGCCACGAUUUCCAGGGACUGAGAUACGAACUGCGAUGCUACAGAGCCGAUUCCAAUGGCUAUCAGCCACUCCCAGUGGAGUUCCUGAGGACGCCACCAAUUGUGAGGCGCGAUGAGGUACCCCAGGUUAACUGCUUCCGAAAUGGCGAUAAUAGACAGCUGAGUCAGGAAUAACUGAAAAUCACACUCUGUGUGGUAGGUAACACCC